UAUCAUGACGUCAUGUCUUGCCACCCAGAAAACUUUCAGUGGGAGCACUGGAGUUUUGAAAAUGUUGCUACCAUACUUGCUCGCCGGUUCCCUGAUAGCUUUGUUUGGGUUGUAAAGUGUUCUCGAAUGCACCUGCACAAAUUCAGUUGUUACGACAAUUUUGUGGUGAGCAACAUGUUUGGAGCACCAGAGCACAGCACUGACUUUGGAGCUUUCAAGCAUCUCCAUGCAUUGCUAGUUAAUGCAUUCAGACUCUCUCAGAAUAUUCUGCUGUCCCAGAAAAGCGUGCAUGGUGUCAGCAAGGAUGCAAAAAUAGCUGCUUGUAAAUCACAGCCACAGUCUGUUCCAACAACAAAUGGCUGCUCAUCCACAGAGAGAGAGAGAGAUUGUGAAUGCUCUAAUAAUUCAGCUAUGAACUUCAUUAUACCAUCUGCUGUAGGUGCAGUGUCAUUUACUUUGAUUGGCUUCAGUAAAGGUUGUGUGGUUUUGAACCAGCUGCUUUAUGAGCUGAAGGAAGCUAAAAAAGACAAGAAUACAGAUACCUUCUUAAAAAACAUAAAAGCAAUUUACUGGCUGGAUGGUGGUCACUCGGGAGGAAGCAAUACUUGGGUCACUUACCCUGAAGUGCUGAAAGAACUUGCUCAGACAGGGAUUGAAGUUCACGCUCAUGUUACACCAUACCAAGUGUUUGACACAAUGAGGUCAUGGAUUGGGAGAGAGCAUGAGAAAUUUGUACAGAUACUUGAAGAAUUUGGUGUGGAAAUAAAUGAUCAAUUACAUUUUGCUGAUGACGUUGCCUCCUUAGAAAACCAUUUCAGAGUUCAUGAAGUAUUUUGAGACUGUAUGUAUCUGAAUAGUGUAUUCAUUGUAAAAGCACUUUUAACACUGUAAAUGCUGUCAUCUAGAUUUACAACUUUGAGUAGGCGCUUUCUGAAGAGAAUACUAAAUCACUCCUGUGUUGCUGAUAGAUACUAUAUAUAUGUUUCAGUAGCUUAAAAAGGAAAACUGGGACCCCAUACCUACAACAGAUAUUGUCAUUUGAUUUCUGGAAAAAAGUGUUGUGAAGAACUAUCCUAUACAUG